AUAGUCUUCUCUCACGACCUCAAAUAAAGAAUAAACACACACAUAACAUCAAAAUCUAAUCUCUCCUUCAUCUUUCUUUUAUGUCUUCAACGAUUGGUAUGUCUGAAGUGAGAGAUACUCCGGUUAAACUGUUCGGCUGGACAAUCACUUCGGUUUCUCAUGAUCCACUCUCUUCUUCGUCCCCUGUUCUUCCCGAUUCUUCCUCAUCUUCUUCUUCAUCUCCAUCACUUCAACCACACAUGAUGAACGACCAAUCUGCUACUGAGGAUACAAGUCUUAAGAUAUCAUCAGAUCGUAACAACGAGUCGAAAGAAACAUCUGAGAACAGUGAAGACCAACACAGCGAGAUUACAACAACUACAUCGGAAGAGAAAACAACUGACUUGAAGAAACCAGACAAGAUUCUUCCAUGUCCGAGAUGCAACAGCGCAAACACCAAAUUCUGUUACUUCAACAACUACAACGUUAACCAGCCACGUCACUUCUGUAGAAACUGUCAGAGGUAUUGGACUGCUGGUGGAUCCAUGAGGACCGUCCCUGUUGGUUCAGGCCGUCGCAAGAAUAAGGGAUGGGUUUCUUCAGACCAUUACCUACACAUCACUUCCGAGGAUACUGACCAUUACAAUAGCUCCUCAGCGAAGAUUUUAAACUUCGAGUCUUCGGACUCUUCGGUUACUGAGAAUGCUAAGCAUCAUCAAUCAAGGGAUGCGAACACAAACCCUGAUUUUGUUUCACAAGAACAAAACAACUUCCAAGGGUUUCUUCCUCCGCAAGAAACAUCCCCUGUUUCGCAUCCUUGGCCUUAUCAAUACCCUCCUAACUCUAGUUUCUACCACAUGCCCGUCUACUGGGGCUGUGCGGUACCGGUUUGGUCUACCGUAGAGGCUUCCACAUGCCUUGGGAAAAGGAAAAGAGACGAAGCUUCACAUGAAACCGCUACAGAGAGCAAAGAUGCUUUUGUAAGAGCAAGAUUAGUUUCAGAAUCCCAAAGUAUCAAUAACGAAGCAACUACGGAGAACAAUAUGUGGUAUCCUGUAUCGAUGAAACAUGAGAAGACAAAGCAAUUUAACUUCUUCAGUGAUGGAUCUGAAAGAAAGAGCAACAACAAUAGGUUUGUGCCUCAAACGUAUCUUAACCUGCAAGCAAACCCUGCAGCCAUGGCAAGAUCAAUGAACUUCAGGGAAAGCAUGUAAACGUUAACGAGAUACUAAUAUAGAAUAUGAAUUUUGUAUAUUGAGUUGUUACCUAAUAGAACAAAAUUUGUAGAUAUCUUUGUUGUGUGGUGAAACUGCAGAUAACUUUUAAUAUCAAUCUUAUUUAUAUGCCC